AUGGAUGUUCCACGACCCUCUCCCUAUAUGUUUGGGUCAAGUAGUUUUCAAUACUUGCCAUAUCAGGUGCGCUCCCUCCUUGGAAACUCCUUUACUUAUUUUCUAAAAGAAAGUCCUCACGAUUACCAUGAGGAUUCUCUCUUGUCCCAAGUGCACUACAAGUACCUUCUUACCGGUGGUCUUGUUUGUACAUACCUCUACGUAAUAUAUCAAUGGCUUUCCAAUUCUUUCUUUGUAAAGCGUCAUGUAUCUUCCGAGUUUUCUGGCCUGCGGCGCGUCCAUGGUCUCUGUCUCUGGAUGCUUUCUUUUCUCUUUUUAUGUUUAACCGUAUUCAUGUAUGCUGAAGGGCGUUUCCCAACGAGAUUUGUAGCCCAUGGUGUUAAUCAUGUGUUGCUUGCUUUUUCUAUACACUCUUUUCUUUUUCAUUCACUCCGCAUCCUUGUUCCCCGGGCCCGCCCUACCUUAUAUCAUUCUGCGGUAUUAUUGAAUCUUUUCAUCGUUCCUGUCUUCUUUGAUUUUUACAUUUAUCCCUUUCUUCUAAUCCAUCGUCCUCCUAUGUCCAUUUUCUCUCCGUUUUUAUGGGCCUAUUUUGCGAUUGCCAUCGCCAUAAAUAUCAUUCCGUGGUUUACACCACGUGUGUGGUAUCCCUUGUUUCCCGAGGAGCACGAUCGACCUUCCGAAGAACAAACCUGUACUUACUUUAGUUAUAUUUGCAGCUACUAUUGGCUAAACAGACUCAUCAGUAUCGCUACUCGUCGUACUGUCGAGUUUGAUGAUGCUCCUCAGCUGCCGGAUUAUGAUAAGAACAAACUCUGGUCUAGUAGGUAUGAAAGACUCAAACGCCCUUCUUUGUAUGUUACUAUGCAUCUUAUUUUUGCAUUCCAAAUGCUGGGUAUGGCUACUGCAAGCUUUUUCAUUAGUGCUACACAAUUUAUUUCCCCUGUAGCCAUGAAUCGCUUCCUUAAAUAUUUGGAAAAUCCCAAGGCCGAUUAUUUGUCUCCUUAUGUCUGGAUUGCUUUGCUUUUACUUGGUCCCUUCAUAAAUUCAAUGGCCUUCCAAUCUUACCUAUUUUUGUCAACUCGCUAUACCGUCCGUUCUUACUCGGUUCUUGUCUAUCAAAUAUACAAAAAGGUGCUCGAUUUUCGUUUUGUGCAAAACAAAAAUGAGGAAUCAAAAGUAGGCCGAGUGAACAACCUUAUUUCUACUGAUGCUAAUGAUAUUGGUGAGCUUCGAGAAUUUAUUCAUGUUGCCGUAAGAGCACCGUUUGAAAUCGGUAUUUCUGUCUACUUGUUGCAAAAACUAUUAGGUUGGAGUGCUUACAUCGGCCUUGUCCUUGCCGUUUUAACCACAUCCGUUCCUAUUUUGUUGGGUCCUUUUGUUGCUAAGCUAACUUUGAUGUCAAACAAAGCAACUGAUUCCCGUAUUGAAUUAAUGUCCGAACUUCUUCAAAGUAUUCGUGUAACAAAGUUCUUUGGUUGGGAACGCCCAAUGCUCGAACGCGUGCAAGAAAAACGUCGAUAUGAGAUUCAUCGAACCUGGAAGUUGCUUUUAAUGGAAAUUUUAAUUCAAGUUUUAGUUGAGUCUUUACCCUUUUUCAGCAUGUUUGUUACCUUUAUCCUCUUCACUACUGUAAUGGGACAGAAAAUUACACCUUCCAUUGCAUUUACUUCGAUUUCACUUUUCAAUUUAGUGCGUAAUCAAUUUGCAUGGAUUUCUCAUCUUUUAAGACAAUUGGUACAGAUUUUCGUUUCAAUUGGUAGAAUUUCAGACUUUUUGCAUGACCCUAAUGAAGUUGAUCCCUCUGUCUACACUGAUUCAGAAAGUGAAGACGUUGGUUUUGACAAUGCUACUUUCACUUGGCCAUCCAACCCUGUUGAUGGAGAUUUCCGUUUACGUGACUUGAAUUUCAAAUUUCCAAAGAACCAGCUCUCAAUUGUUGUAGGACCUACCGGUUCCGGAAAAACUUCGCUUAUUUCGGCUUUGCUUGGUGAAUUAAGUCUUGCUAGCGGCUCUUAUUCGUUACCUCGUUCUAAAGGUGUAUCAUACGUGUCUCAAGUCGCUUGGUUGCGCAAUGCCACCGUUAAAGAUAAUAUUCUGUUCAACUCUAUAUUCGAUGAAACACGCUACAGAGAUGUUUUAAAAUCCUGCGGUUUGCAGAGCGAUUUGGAGAAUUUACCUGCCGGUGAUUUAACUGAAAUUGGUGAGAAAGGUGUUACUUUGUCUGGAGGUCAGAAACAACGUAUUGCGCUUGCUCGUGCUGUCUACGCACCUUCCUCCGUUGUUUUAAUUGAUGAUGUUAUGUCUGCUUUGGACAUUCAUACAUCAAACUGGAUUUUCCGCCAUCUUUUCCAAGGUCCUUUAAUGCAAAAUCGUACUGUUAUUCUCGUUACGCAUAGUGUGAAUCUUUUCUUAGAUGAUGCCAACUUUAUCGUUACCGUUAAGAAUGGAUCAGCCUUUCCAACCAAGGAUAAGUCAUUACCUAUCUUGCAAUUAAAUGAAGAAAUUGCUCAUACACCUGAAUCUACAGCUGAACCAGAGAUGCCGAUUUCAGAGAUCCCACUUGAUUCCUCAGUAGAUGCUCAGCAAAUUGCCGAAUCAGGUAAAUUAGUGGAAGAUGAAAAAAGAGCAACCGGAGACGUACCUAUGUCUGCUAUUUUUGAAUAUUUCCGUCAAUUCGGCUCGGGAACAUAUGUAUGCAUUAUUCUUCUAUUGCUAGUUGUUACUCAGACAUUGUCUAUUCUGAUCGAUUUGUGGGUGGCAUUUUGGACCAACAAAUCCAUAGACUCUCCUGAUAUGAGUAAUACCAAGUUCUUAUUUGUAUAUGGAACAAUGCUCGUCCUUUACUGCGUGCUCGACUAUUUGCGCACUUAUACGUAUGACAAAGGUUCCUUGAUUGCUGCAAAGAAUAUUCAUAAUUCGAUGCUGAAGAAUGUGUUCGGUACUUAUGCUUCGUGGUUUAAUAAGACUCCUACUGGAAGAAUUGUGAACCGCUUUGCUAAAGAUAUUCGUUCUUUGGAUCUUAAUUUGCCGUCUUGGCUUUUCUGGUCCAUCGAAUGUUUCCUUUCAAUUCUUGCUGGGUUAAUAUCUGUUUCUUCGGCUAUGCCUCUUUUCUUGAUUCCUGCCGUUAUUAUCUGUUCGGUUGGAUUUUACGUCGGUGUGCUUUAUACUAAAGCCCAAGUUGGUAUAAAACGAUUAAUUUCCGUCCAUAAUUCUCCUAUUUUCGGCCUUCUUGGAGAGAGUAUUUCCGGACUUGCAGUAAUUCGUGCAUUCAACAUGCAAAGUACAUUUAGGGAUGAAUUCUCUAAGAGGAUUGACAACUUAAUGCGUCUUCAGAGUGCCUCAUACAAUUUAAAUAGAUGGGUUGCCAUUAGAACAGAUGGCAUUAGUGGAUUAGUUGGUGGAUUGGCUGGAUUUAUUGCUCUUAAGCAAAGCCAUCUUUCUCCUGGUCUUGUCGGGUUUUCACUUAACCAAUCUGUGAUGUUUAGCGUAACAGUCCUUUAUUUUGUCCGCUCCUUUAACAACUUGCAAGCUGAGAUGAACAGCUACGAAAGGGUUAAAGAGUAUACUCGAUUAGAGCAAGAACCUGCACCUACGAAAGAGGGUGAAGUCCCAGUGGCGUGGCCCAAAGAGGGAGACAUCAAAUUCGAAAAUGUCAGCGUUAGCUACACUCCAAAGGGGUCUAGUGUCAUUGAGAAUUUAAAUCUUCACAUUCAUCACGCUGAGAAGGUAGCAAUUGUUGGACGAACCGGCAGUGGUAAGAGUACCUUAGGACUAACUCUUUUACGAUUCACACAUCGAGUGGGAGGAUCUUUACGUAUUAACGAUUUGGAGAUUGAGAAUGUUAACUUGAGUUCUCUACGUCAGCGAAUCUCAUUCAUCCCUCAAGACCCAAUCCUGUUUUCUGGAACGGUUCGAAGCAAUUUGGAUCCUUUCAAUGAACUUGAUGAGUGUUUACUAAACGAGGCACUCCAGACGAGUGGGGCAAAUAAAAUGGCUAUUGCUUAUACCGAUGAUCAGCAGCCAAUUCAUAUAACCUUAGAUACUCAAGUAUCUUCGGAAGGCUCAAAUUUUUCUCAGGGCCAGAAGCAAGUAUUGGCACUCGCUAGAGCGAUCGUUCGACGCUCCAAAAUUAUAAUUCUCGACGAAUGUACGGCAUCGGUAGAUGACGCUACAGAUCAACAAAUCCAAAAAACAUUGCGUAGCGCAUUUGGUGAUGUGACUAUGUUGUGCAUUGCUCAUCGUUUGAAAACAAUCGUUGACUAUCAUAAAGUUAUGGUUAUGGACAAAGGUGUGCUUGUUGAAUAUGGACCACCUGGAGAGUUAUAUAAUAAGGGCGGUGUUUUCCGGCAAAUGUGUGAGCAGAGCGCAAUUAGCUUUCCGGAAUCUAACUAG